AUGUCCGGUGAGACUUGCGGGGAUGUCAAAGAGCUUAGGCGAAAAGUAAAGGGCUUUUGGCGUGGGCUGGUACGUUCAAUUGAGCCGGAUACUAUCAGGGACGUGAUCGAAGACCCCAAAAUGCCGGGAGCGUCUCGCCUUUAUGUUCCAACCGGUGAUAGCCAGGCGCAAGAGCUUGACAAUGUUGUAAACGUCGAAGUUUUGCCUAAAUUAGAUCAACUAACACCCGAUUUCGUCUUCAGUCUAAACAAAAAACCAGGCUUACUCGCGCUGGCCACCGAAAAUGGCAAGCCGUUGCCGUAUAUUGUGCCGGGGGGUCGGUUUAAUGAGUUUUAUGGAUGGGACAGCUAUUUUAUUGGCCUUGGUCUGCUUGCUGAUGGAUUUGUGGACGAAGCAAGGGCCAUUGUAACCCAUUUCGUGUACGAGAUUGAGCACUAUGGCAAAAUCUUGAACGCCAACCGCAGCUACUACCUCAAUCGAUCUCAGCCUCCAUUUUUGACUGACUUGGCGAGAAAAGUGUACGAUAAAACGCAAGACAAGGGUUUUUUGAUAAUCGUAUUGAAGGCAGCCGUGGAAGAGUAUGAGUCUGUGUGGAAUUCACCACCAAGACUUGACAAAACUGGGCUGUCGAGGUACCGUCCGGACGGCCACGGGAUUCCGCCAGAAACCGAACCUGGACACUUUAAUUGGGCACUUGAGGGCUUUGCCAAAAAGUACAACAAGUCAAUUGAGGAGUUUAUUGAGUUGUACAACACCAAGGCCAUCUCAGAGCCGCAACUGGACGAGUUUUUGCUACAUGACCGAGCGAUGCGAGAGUCGGGCCACGAUACGAGUUCGCGGUUCGAAAAUGUUGUAGCCGAUCUCGCCACAAUCGACCUGAAUGCCCUUCUAUACAAAUACGAACGAGAUAUUUUGGAAUUUGCCUCUUUGAUAGGCGAAGAUCCAAAGAAAUGGCAUAGCCGAAGUGAAGCUCGUAAAGCAGCCGUGGACAAGUAUUUGUGGAGCGAAACAGAGCAAAUAUACUACGAUUACAAUACAAAAACCAACGAACCUCACAGGUUUGCCAGUGUAACAACAUUUUGGGCAAUGUGGAGUGGGUUGGCAUCUCCUGAACAAGCCAGACAGAUGGUGGCUAGCAGUUUGCCGCUGUUUGAGCAGCCAGGAGGGCUGUGCGUGGCUGCCAAGGCACCCAAGUCUGCUAAACAGUGGGACUUUCCUUGUGGUUGGGCACCACAUCAAAUUCUGGCAUGGCAAGGUCUCCGCCAGUAUGGGUUUGUGAACGAUGCCGAGCGCCUGGAGACGAAGUGGGCAGCAAUGGUUGCAACUACGUGGCAGCGCACAGGAAAAGUGCUUGAGAAAUACAACGUGUGUGAUAUUGACCAUGCCGAAGACGUCUCGGCAGAAUACGGCAACCAAGGAAGCCAAGAGAAUGGGUUUGGCUGGACAAAUGCAUCUAUAGCUUUGGCAGUUUAG